AUGGACCUCACAACCUCUCUCCAGAAACUCGCCAGCUAUCGCCCCCAACAGACGAAGAAGUCUCGAGAGACAUUCGAGAAGGGCGUCGUGUUACUUCGAACCGAUGCAUUUGCGAAACAGGGCGAGGCAGGUUGGGAUGCUCUGGAGAGGCUGACAUUAGCUGCGUUUGACCAGACUGAGCUCAAGGUCGCAGACCAAUGUCUGCAACGCAUCUCCAACAAGUUCCCUCAAUCCCCCCGCGUUGAUCUCCUCCAAGGUAUUAGAAUGGAAGUGACAGAGCCUCCAGAAGUUGCACUGAAGUACUACGACGAGUUGUUGCAGGAGGACUCGACGAGGGCGGCUAUUUGGAGGAGGAAAGCCUAUGUCCUGCGGCGCAUGGGAAAGAUUGACCGUGCAGUGGAAGAGCUCUCAGCAAUGCUGGACACGUUUUACACCGACGUGGAGGGCUGGCUUGAGCUCGCAGAUACGUAUGCGUCAUGUCAACAGUACACAUAUGCACUUCAGUCGCUAUCGCAUGCCCUCCUCCUGUCCCCCCAGAACCCCUUCUGUUUCCUGCAAUUCGCGGAGACUGCAUACUUGGCCGGGGAUAUCACGCUCUCCCUCAAAAUGUUCCUCGUGGCUGUCGACAUGACAGACGAUGAGGAAGGCGUCCCACAGGACUCGAUACCAGUGAGUCUGACUCUGCGAGCAUGGUACGGCGUCAAGUUGUGCACUCAUCGAUUGAUCACCGAGCCACGCCAUUCAUCAUCGUCGGCAUCACAAACGCCUGCUCCGACCACUGCGAAACUCGCGAACUUGGACGAGCUCUCCACGGAGCGUUUGCGGACAGCAUACCUCAACGUGAAGGGUGCAUCUCCACCAAAUGACCAUACCUCCUUCAUGAGCACACUAGCUACUGUGAUCCACUGA